AUGAUCUCAAUUUCAACAGGUGGUGAUGAAGAAUGGGAUAAAUGGUAUAACCCAAGUGACGUAGAUCAUGAAAGAGAUAAUGAAGUAUUAUAUCAACUUUUAAAAAGGGGAUGUAAUGGAGAUUUAGAAGGUAGAGAAAAUGAACAAUUAAAACUUUUAAUGUUGGAACAAUCCAUCGAAGAUAGAACCAAAGCACAAUAUAGAGCAAGGCAUUCAAUUUAUCCAACUGAAAAUGAUAAAUCACAAAUACAUUUUUCAAAAUAUCAUAUUGAUUUUGGAUUUAAAGAAGGUGAAAAAUGUAAAGUUGGAGUUAUAUUAAAGGAUAAAUUUAGAAUGAGUAACAAGGGGUCAUCCAAAGUAUCAUACAGUAUCUCUAAUAUCCCAGUACACUCUAAUAAUAUAAAAUUGACGUUUACUCCAUCGUCUGGAACCAUUAAAAAGAAUUCAGCAUUGGACAUUCAAGUAGAGAUGGUGGUGUUGUGCACUACCAAGGUUCGUGAGCUCGUUGCCAUGGACAUUGCCAACAGUGGACGUCAUCUCUUGUCGAUCAAGAUUGAUUCCAAAAUGUCACAAGUACUCGACUAUAAAGAGCUGGAUAUUGGCAAUGUCAUUGGAGGUGGUGGUUAUGGUGCCAUCUACAAGAGCAAAUGGAGAGGUCUAUCGGUUGCUGUCAAAGUCAUCUCUGAAAUGUCUGAUGGUUCUGAAUUUGAAAAGGAAUUGGAAAUGCACAAAGAAUUAUUACAUCAUCCAAAUAUUGUUCAUUUUGUUGGUUUUUGUGUUUCUCCAAAAUGUUUAGUUUUAGAAUUUGUUGAAGGUGGUAGUUUAGAUAAAUAUUUAUCAGAUCAUAUAAAUUAUCCAUUUACACCAGAGCUAAGAUUAAAGAUGGCUUAUGAUAUUGCCAAAGGUAUGGCAUUUUUACAUAGAAGUGAAAUCUUACAUUUAGAUUUAAAACCUCAAAAUUUUUUGGUUGUAUCAUUAUCAUUACAAGCACCAGUUUGUAUUAAAUUGGCAGAUUUUGGUUUAGCAACUACAAGUACAAGAAGUUUUUAUGGAGCAACGGUAGAGGGAUCAUUUUUAUACAUGUCACCCGAAGUGUUUACACAAAAGAAGUUUUCGAGAGCAGCCGAUGUUUGGAGCUAUGGAGCAUGUUUGAUUGAGAUUCUCUCGGGCAAACGACCAUACCAAGAGUAUGACGAGUUGGGUUACUUGGAGCUGGCUCGUGUGCGUGAAGAGGCAUUGCCACCAGCAAUCCCCUCUGAAAUCACCGAUGUUGAAAUGAGAAAGUUAAUAGAGUCUUGUUUGCAUCGUGACCACACCAAGCGUCCCUCAUUUGAAGCGAUCGAAUCGUUUUUGGAGAAAAAGGCUGAAGAGGUGAUUAAAAUGUCUCAGACUGAGCAGACUGGUGGAAGUGGCUCGUUCUUGUCGGGUUUGGGAUCUGGUAGUAGUGGCCACUCUGCCUUGUACAGCUCGUCACCACAACCCGCCUCCUUCCUCGCACAUCAACCUGCACCACUGCUCGUAUCAAAUAACCCUAACUUUGGUCGCAAGUUGCCUCCCACACCAGGCAAGCCAGAGCAGCCAACUGCUGCCGCCACCCAAAAGACGCCCGCUCAAAAGCCCGUCCCACCUCCCAGAAACAUGUUGGCACGUUCAACCGACACUGAAGUGCCCAUUGUCAACAAAAUGCAACGUGCCAUGACCGAUGUAUCCAUAUCUGAAACACCACGUUCUGAAACCAUUCCUCAACGAUCUGUAACAAUAUCCACUCCAUCUCAAUCCUUUAUCACUCCUACUAAUCAUUCAAAAGAACCAAUCAAUAGAUUAAAUAAUAACAAUAGUAAUAGACCACCAACUCCAGCACUUAUUCAACGUCCUUCUACUCCAAUUCCAAAGAGUUCACCAAAAUCAUCUCCAAAUACUUCUCCUUAUCAUCCAUCAAAUCUUGUACAAUAUAAUAAUAAUAAUCAUCAUAGUCCAACCUCUACAACAUCAACUAAUACUAACCAUACUAACAACAACAACAAAACCAAUCGAAAUAUUUCAAGUUUACAAGAUGUUGAAGAUUACUAUGAAACAUCAGAGGAAGAAGAAGAAGAAGAGGAGGAACAAGAAGAGGAACAACAACAACAACAACAACAACAAAACUAUACAAAACAACAAAAGACAAUUCCAAUUCCAAUUAAAACAAAGAAUGCAUCAACUCCACAAAUUCAAUCACUUUUAAAUCAUCGUCCACCUAUUAGAGCUUCUUCAGCUGUAGAGUUUACUCGAAAUGGUAAUCAACAACAACAAGCAUCAUCUGCUCCAUCUGCUUCAUCUGCCCUACAAGGAUCAAAGGGUGUAGUUGGUGAUUUAAUCAAACAACAUUCCGAACCAAAGAAUGGUGGUAGCAGUAGCAGUAACCUUUCAAAGAGCGACGAUUCAAUGGAUAUUACCAAAUUCUCUGAACUUAGAAUGCGUUCAUUACGUGUCCUAAAAGACCUUUACAUUUCGUUUACAGAGAUUAUCAGAUCGUUUAGCGAUGUGACAACGUUGAAACAAUGUAUCGAGCUCGGUCAACACAUUAGAGAUUUCAAAAAAAAUGUAGAGUUGCUUUGCAUUGAGCAUCUUCAUGUUGGAUGGGACGCCAUCAACGAACACGUCAAACAAUUGGGCAAAAAGUCAGAGAUUAAGAAUUUAAUCUCGCCGCCUCCACACCACUUUGACGGCGAUACGUACAACAAGGUUGCCCAGUUUAGAGACGCUGCCGUUACAGUCGGUGAAUCUGGUUUGGAUCAACUCUUUUACCUCAUGGCCAAAUUAUCUCCAACCGUCAAGGAUAAACCAAUCACUGCUAGCGAUAAAGAAGUCAUCCUACAAAUUGCUAAAAUUACUAGGGCCAUUAAAUUACAUAAAUAA